GUAAUGUAGAAGUGGCAACAAUAAUAACUGACCAUGAAUUAGCACUCAUGAAAACAAUUUCUAAAGAAUUCUUUAAUACACAGUAUCAGUUAUGUACUUGGUAUAUCUUCAAGAAUAUUAGAAGCAAGUUUAAAAAACUUGUUGAUAUUGAAGAGUUCAUUAAAAUCAUUCAAAAACUCAUGUAUGAUAAUAAUCUAGAAAAUGAUCAAAUUGAUCAAGAGAUUGCAGCAUUAUGGAAACAAUUUUCAGAGGCAAAGACUUAUAUGUACAAAACUUGGAUAUCCUAUAAAAAUAGCUGUUGA